CAGUUGUUAACUUGGCGAAAGUAAAAUAAGUUAAAUUGUUAAAUUAACGUUUUAAUGGAAAGACUUUGUUGUUAAUGUGUAUACACUUUAAUGUAUAUACAAGAGAAAUUUUUUUACUUCUUCUUGUUAUUCCAACAAUCAAUGAGAUUCUCAUUCACUAAAUGUAACCUUUAACGACGACAACAAUUUAGUAAUAAUAUUAAUCAUUUUUUUUUUUCUUAAUCAAUAUCGUUUAAAUUAACUUGUAGUUCCUUUUAAUUAUAUUGGAGAAAAUUUUUUCUUCCCUUCUUUUUUCACUAAUUACAAGACAUUAAUCGUAUUAAUUGUGUUGACAAAAUACUCUUUUUCCAUUUUGUUUUUCUCCCAAUUCUGUUUAUCCUUUUAAUUUUUAUAUUAUUGAUAUUUUUUACUCCAAUUUAAUUGAUCAUCUAUUCUUGAUUUGAUUAAGUCUUCAUCCCUUUUUUUUCCAACAACAAUUACAAUCAUUUUAAUCAUCUUGUGAUUGUUGAUAAUCAUAAUCAAUCUUCCGUCUUGUGUCUGUGUGUCACCUUAAUCAUUCUGGUAUCAUGGUAACCCUGGAGUUCAGUUGGAAACCGGACCAAAAAUCAUCAUCAUCUUAGGAUAAUUAGUAAAUCAUCAUCAUCAUUAUUAUCAUUAUUUAGUAUAGACAUCAAACAACAUUAAUUAAAUUGUGAUUUCUUCCUCAUUGUUACAUUGGUAGACAACUAAAUUAAAAGAGCGAGAGAGAGUGAAAGUGAUUCCAAUCAACUAAUAGUUGAAAGGAAAAUAAUAGAAAACCAAUUUAAAAUAACGAAUUGAUUAGUUUUAAUUGUGUUGAUUUUUUUUCCUCUUUUCUAUCGUUAGCUUUACACUUUUAAUCCAAUAAUAAUCAAUUUCCAUUGAUAAUUUAACCUAAUCAUUAAUAGAUUUUACAUCUUGUCCAAACACCUUUGCUGUGUUAAUUACAAUUCUGUGUUAAAUAAUCAAUUUUGAUUAAUCAUCAUCAUCAAUUCUGUGAUUUAAUUGUGUCAUAAUUGUAUCUCCAAUCUACCUCAGUGUCUAAAUAUCAUUUCUUUUUCUCUCUCUCAUCAAAUUGUCUUUGUAAAUUGUUUACCUUAAUUCCCAUAAUUACAACCUAAUCCUAAUCACUUUCAUCUUGUAUUGUCCAUCCAAUGCCUUUAAACAACAAGUAUAUAAUUUAUUAUUAUUACCCCAAGUGAUUACUUUCCUCUAUACAACAAUUAAGGAUUGAAAAAACAAUUGAUAUAAUCUUAUAAUCAACUAGAAAUUUAAACAAAUACAAAAGCCAAUGGUGAUUAAACAAGAUUCAAAUAAAGUGUCAAAGGAGAGGAAAAAUCUUGAAUCAGUUAAUCAAGAAUCAACAAGAAGCAAUUUAAGGUUAAAUUAACUAAUUGCAUCUGAAACCUCUAUCAAUUUUCUUAAUUAUUGCUAAUAUAUUACAACUACAAUCAAUAGUUAAUCAACAACAACAAUUAUGUCAAACAAUACGAUAUCAACAAACAUUUCAAUCUCAAACAAUUCAACGGACCAAAUGAUGGACAGUUUAUCAUUAAAACGAAGUGAAACUUUACACAUUUCGGAUCCCGAAAAAAACACCAAACCCGGUAAACGAAUCAAUUGCCGCUUAUUUUGUUGUGGGUUCGUAUUUGGCCUCAUCAGCACGAUAUUGAUUUUCGCAGUCACAUUAUAUACUUUCGAUUACAUGGGAACAAUUGUUCUAGAUAUGCCAUAUUCACCUUGGAAGCAACAACAACGUUCAUCGAGUUUCAAUCGAACCGCUUCAACCUCCUAUUCGCAUCCUGAUGGAGGUUCAUUAAUACAUGAUGAUAAUUCUGGUCAUUCUCAUGCUCAUCAUGCUCAUCAUCAGCAGCAACAAUUUGAUCCAAUCAGCAGAUCAUAUGUUUUACCUGAUAGAUUCAACUCAACAUCAACAAUCAGCUCUGUAAUUAACAAUCAGGUUAAUAAUAAUAAUAAUAGUCUAAGUUCAACUCAGCCAAAAAACUCAGAAUCCGAUAAAAGGCAGAUCACCAUGAAUUCUGGUGAUCUUCUGGUUAAUUCUGGUAAUGAUAUUGAUGUUGUCACAAAUGAGACAUCAAGAGUUCAUCCUGAUGAUAAUAAUCAUCAUGAAAGUAAUGAUGAUGAUGAUGAUGAUGAUUCAUCUCAUGUUUCCCCUCCUUUCCAGCCAAUUCAAUUUGACGAUUCAGCGGACUCGGUGUUUAACAACAAUAAUCAAGUCCGUCGGGAUGGAAAGACAAUUGACCUUUCACAACGGUCAACAACAUCGGCACCUUAUUUAAUUGCCGAUAAUAUAACAGUUAAUCAUCAUCAUGAAAAUAGUUCUGAAUCAUCAACAUUAUCAUCUAUUGGCACUUCUGUUGAGAUGAUGAUAAUGGAGACAUCAAAUCGUAAGGAUAAUAUUUCAUCCGAAUCAAUUGUCACCUUGAUCCCACCAGAGUCAGAAAUUACAAUUGUAACCAGAGAAAUACUCAAUCAUACCGAUAACAAUAGAGGUCGAAAUAGUCCCUUGGGGUCAGUUGGUAGUCGAUCGGUCAAUAUGACAAAUGAUGAUGAUGAAAGUUUACCAACCGUUUCCACAAUUAUAACGUUUGGAUUCAUUGAAAAUUCUGAAAACUCAAGUACACUUCAAGAUGGAUCCAAUAAUUCACAUGAAAAUCAGUCAACAAUUAUCACCGAAUCUCCAAUCGGUGGUAUAAUAAUUGAUUUAACAACUAAUGGUCAACCAGAGAUGACCGAUAAAAUGACCAUUGGCAUUUCAUCAAGUAAUUUAACGACCACCAAUGAACCAAAUGACCACAACAAGUCAACAUCACCACAUUCAGAUCUUAAGGUAACAUUGGAUAUUGAUUCUCAAUCAAUUAGUAACAAUCAAACUGAAUCAACGCCAUUAAUCAACGUGACACAAUCAGCGACAAUAUUAACAACACAAGCAACUACUUCAAUAUCACCAACAAUUAAGUUAACACCAACAACUUUAACCACAACAUUAAAAUCAAUGAUACAGUCCAAUGAACCGUUAACUUCAUCAUCAACAAUGUCACCAUCUUUGAGUGAAAGUGACACCCAAAGACAAUUCAACAAUUUAACAAUUAACAUUACCAACAAUCAGACAACAGUUACAAAAGCCAAUGAAACCUUGCCAACGACCAAAACAAUUAAUCAAACCAAAUUAAGGAUUGGUGAUUUAGCGACACAGGAUAAUAAUAAUACCAAUGAAUCAAAACAAUCAGAUCCUUUGAUUGUUACGAGGAAACUUGAAAUUACAUUAACUACAACACCUUUAACCACGUUAAUUACCAAUGUUAAUAGUAGUGAAAAUGAACAAUUUACACCAACAAUUAAAUCACAAUUGAUUGAAAAGUCUACCAACGAUUCCAAUUAUAAUAAAACUGAUCAUCUUAAUCAUUUACCUUCAUCUGAUUACAAUUUAACCAUAAUCACAUCAAUGGAUAAUUUAAACAAUUCAAAUGUUAAUUUAACCCAAUCAACAAUUCAUCCAGUUGAAAGGUCAAUCAUUGAUAAUUCAACGAUUAAUAAUCUCAACAAUUUAACAAAUGAAAUGAUAACAAUUAAUGGUGGUAACAGUUCAUUGGAUAUUGAUAAUCUAUCGAUAACAAUUAAAAUCCCGGUAAUAAUCAACGGGACCAAUUUAAAUGAUUCCAAUGAUUUAAUGAUUAAAUCAAACGCUACAUCAAAUUGGGAAAAACAAUCAAACUCAACCCAAAUUGUGAACAAUUUAUUCACCAAUGAAACGGAAACGAUCAAUGGAACCUCCUCAAGAUUAAAUGAAACAAUUACACCAAUCGAAUUGAUUGGAAAUAAUCUAAACGAAUCUCUAUCAAAUUUAACAAUUGAUUCAGUUAAUGGAACAUCGGACAAUUACAAUAAUAAUACAAUGGAAUCAAUGAUUGGAACCACAGCAAGUCCAUUGGAAUGUAAUUCUAAGCAGAUUCGUUGCUUUAUCAAUCAAGAUAAAGAGGCUUGUCUAUCAGCUGAUGUUGUUUGUGACGGUGUUCGUGAUUGUACCGAUGGUUCAGAUGAAUCUGAUUGUAGUCAAUCAUGUGGAUCAAAUUUCAGGUGUGGCAAUGAAUCAAGUGUAACCUGUAUUUCCCGUAAAUACCUUUGCGAUGGUCUAAUGGACUGUGAUGAUGGUUCAGACGAAUCAUCUUGUUACUUUGCCUCAUGUGAGAAUCAACUUUCCUGUGCCGAUAAAUCAUCUUGUCUCCUUCCAAUUCAAGUUUGCGAUGGUAAAUAUGAUUGUCGUGAUCACUCAGAUGAACAAGAGUGUGUUGACCAUUCGACCUGUUUAUCGGUGGGUAAAUUUUUCUGUGACAAUAUGUGCAUCGAGUACUCGUUACGAUGUGAUGGUUCAAAGGACUGUUCUGAUGGUACCGACGAAUCGAACUGCACUUGCACAAAUGAAGAGUUUAAAUGUUGGAAUGGCGAUUGUAUUGACAAAACUUUGGUCUGUGAUGGUCAAGUUAAUUGUCGUGAUUCGAGUGAUGAAUGGUCUUGUGUUAAAACUGAUGAGAACAACGUGGUCUCAAUGGUCAAUCCGUCAACUGGAAAUUGGGCUUUACUUUGUGCUGAUGAAUCUCCUCUCGGUGAAUCUGAUUACUCCUUAUUGUGCCAAAAAAUGGGUCUCGAAUCAGCUGUUAAUUACUCAACAACCAUAAUUAAAACAAUCGGUGAGGUUGAAUGGGUUAUCCAUAAUGGAUCCAAUGUGAUCUCUCUCGAAAAUUGUAAUUCAUCAUCAAUUUUGAUGCUCGAGUGCCAAACAUUUAAAUGUAGCAUGAUGGCCACGACUCCAUUACAGCCAACAUCAUCAUCUACACAACCUUCAUCUUUAUCAUCAACACUGUCCCCAACAUUAUCCACACCAUUAGCCAAUAUCUCACCAAUUCCAGAGUCAAGUUUAAACACUACUUCAACUAAUACCACCACGACCACAACCUCCACCACCAAAGGUACCACCAUGGUAACUGAUAGUAUUACCACUUCAACUAGUUCAUCAACUACUUCACCAUCAACUCCACUCAUCUCAUCAACAUUGUCAUCGGGAACAUCUCCUUCAACAUUAUCUUCAUCUAAUGUACCCAUAAUUUCAAGCACACCACCAACACCAACCGGAUCCUCACCCGCAUCAACAAUUGAAGCAUCUUUAUUAGCCAUACCUGCCAUUAAUUACAAUAUCCCGUUGAGUCGUCCAACUCGAGCCGCGAGUCCUAAUGAGAUCCAAUCAAUGGUAAUUGUCAAGAGAAACGCAACCGAUUCAAUCAAGAACAAGAAACAAUGUCUCGCUCAAAUUAUAUCACCAAUGUGGCUUCUUUCAUCAGCUGAGUGUUUAAAACAAUUGCAAGAUGUCCAAGGAUUAAUAGUCGAAGCGAAUACAAGUCGGUUCCUUGGAACUGUUAAUCAAGUAAUUCUUCAUCCGCACACAUCAAAGUUCCGUUAUCUUCAUAUUCGAGAUUUUGACCUCGCCUUGAUUAACUUAAAAUCGCCUCUUCCAUUGAGCUCAAGUUUGAUGAGCUCAAUUUGUCUACCCGAAAGUGACGUGGCCUCUGAUAUUACCUGUUUCAUGCCAGUUCUUGGUGAGACGGAAGCUCGUCCCUACUUAAUCCAGGAUAGAUCGUUAUGUAAUGAGCGUCGGCAUUUCAAUUCCUCUCUCAAUCAACGGCAAAUUUGUUCAUCGGCAAGUGACGAAUCGCCCGAUUAUGUACCUGAUCCUGGUUCUAAUCUUGUUUGCCUAUCAAGUUCAACCGAAUGGUUUAUCGGGGGAUUCGUGUCCUUUGCAAGUCCACGAACCAGUUACACUAAACACCCGUCGGUCUUUUCAAAUGUAUUUGCGAUGAAAGAUUUUAUCAAUCAUGUGAUUGCCGUUAAUCUUUAUCAAUCUAAAAUAGAGACGAAAUUCAAUUAUACCUUUGACCUGACAAGUUCACUUGGAAACAAUGAGACACUGAUUAAUAGCAAUGGUACCUCAUCAAUAGACAAUAAUGACAUUGGAAAAACAGAUAAUUCAAUCGGAACAACAGUUAAUCAUGACAGCUUAAAACAAGCAAUUAAAAAGUAUUCAAACAAUAUCUUAUUACACAAUGGAACAGAAAAUGUAACAAUUAAUCAAUCGCUAAUUGAUUUAACAAAAUUCGCUGAUCGAUCAAGAUCAUUGAAUUUAGAUUAUGAUAACUCAUCAAUUUAUAUUGACUCUCAAUUGAACACUAACCAAACAAUCAAUGGUUCAUCUCUAAUCUUAGAUGAACUUCCGAUUAUCAACAAUCAAACAAACGGUACACAAAGAAAUACUCUCAGAUCUGAACAUGGAAGAUUAAUUGAUUUAGUUAAUGAUAAUGAAAAUGGAACAAUUAUUAAUCAGAUGGAGAAAACAACAAACUCGUCAAAUCCAAUUGAUGAAAAUCUAUCAUUUAAUCCAACUACUGAUUCGAUAUCAAACUCAUCCAUUAAUACUACUUCAACAUCGACAUCAGCACUCACAUCGUCUACACCAACAACACCAUCGACACUAACAAUCUCAUCAUCAUCUUCAUCAACACCAUUUUCAAUUUCCUCUUCAUCUUCAUCCUCAUCUUCAUCUUCAUCAACAACUUCAUUAUCAUCAAAUGAGACUAACAUGAGAUCCAUGAUGAUUAUGGAAACGUCCACUGGUCCCACUACUUUAGGUGUUACUAAUUAUCCAAUAAUUAACAACAUCACAAUCAUGAGAAAUUAAUUGUAACAAGAGAAAACAACUAAUCAAUUGAUCAACAUUCAUUUUCCUUUUAAAAUAGAAAAUAAAAUGAAAUAAAUGACAAACAUUUCCACAUUCAAA